CACCACAAGGAACACCACAGUGGUUGCCCCUUCCUAUGGAGCGUUUCGGCGCCGCCUUGCUGAAGAGUUCCGCCGCCGCCGUGGCGAUUGCGGCAGGCGCGCUCUGCCUCCGCUCCCUUCUCUCUCCCAGCCCGGCCGCCGCGGAUCUUUCGGCUCGCGCCGCCAAGGCCCGCGCCAGCCGCGACGCCGCCCGCGACGCGUACAAGCGCAGCCGGCUCGUCGCGCCGUGGCCCGCUCCGAGCGACCACUCGCCCGCCGCCGAAAAUAUGCGCCACAUCUGCAGCCUCAACGCCACGGCGCUGCUCGAGGAGAUGACGGCCGGCAGGCUCACCUCUGUGCAGGUCAUGCGCGCCUUCUGCUCCCGCGCCCUGCACGUCGGAGAGAGGCUCGACACAAACGCGCAGGAGUGCUUCGCCGACGCGCUCGCCGCCGCCGAGGAGGCGGACUCGGCGCGCGCCGCGGGCAGACCGCUCGGCGCGCUGCACGGCCUUCCGGUGUCCGUCAAGGACCAGCUGGACAUGGCUGGCUGCGACUCGACCUGCGGGCUGCAGGUGCGGUGCGGCGCACCCGCCGAGCACGACAGCCUCCUUGUCAAGCUGCUGCGCGACCAAGGCGCCAUCCCGUUCGUCCGCAGCAAUUUGCCGCAGUGCCUCAUGCUGCCCGAGUCUGCCAACCGCAUCUGGGGCGCGGCGCGCAAUCCGUGGGACGCCUCUCGCACCCCCGGCGGCAGCAGCGGCGGUGAGGCGGCGCUGGUCGCCGCGCGCGCAAGCCCGCUCGGCAUCGGUACCGACAUCGGCGGGUCAAUCCGCAUCCCGGCGCACUUUUGCGGCGUCUUCGGCUUCAAGCCGACCCCCGACCGCAUCAGCAAUCGCGGCGUCGCGGUCCCGCGGCCCGGCAACCGCCCGUCGGGCCAGAUCGCCGUGAAGUCGACGGCGGGGCCCUUCGGCAGGAGCGUGGCGGAUCUGCGGCUCGUGAUGCGGGCGUGGCUGGCGGGCGGCGGCAUGUCCGACUCGGACGUGACGUGCCCUCGAGCAGGCUGGGCCGAGGCGGAGCCGGGCAAGCCGCGAGGGCGACUCCGGUUUGGGCUGCUGGCGACGGACAGCUUCUUCGACCCGAGCCCGGCGUGCGGCCGCGCGGUGUCCGAGGCGGCGGCUGCGCUCGAGGCGGCGGGGCACGAGGUGGUUGCGCUGCCGGGCGAGUUUUACGAGGCGGCGCUGCUGUACGUCUCCCUGCUCGCGGCCGAGGGCGGGCUGCAGGGCUUCAUCGACGGCCUCGAAGGGGAGGAGCUGCUGCCGAUGUACUCCUUCCUGCUCCGCAUCGCCACCCUGCCCGCACUUCUCCGCCCCGCCCUGCGCUGGGCCCUCCGCCACCUCCUCGGACAGCCGCGCAUGGCGGACCUGGUCCACGCCGGGCGGCGGCACAGCGUGCACGAGUACUGGCGCGCUAUCAGCCGGAGGGACGUCCUUCGCGCGGAGCUCAUCGAACGGCGUGGCGCGAGGCUGCAGCUGGGCGCUCGCGAAGGCCGCCUCUUCACACCGUCGAGGCGCGAGCAGGUGGCGCGAGCUGCGGCUCGACGCGCUCGUGUGCCCCGGGCUGGGCGUGCCCGCCUUCCCACACGGGCUGAGCACCAAGCUCAACCAGGCUUGCUCGUACACCUUCCUGUGGAACAACUUCCACUUCCCCGCCGGUACCGUGCCGGUGACGACGGUGCGCGACGACGAGCAGCACUACUCGUCCGGCUUCUCCGACACCCUCUCCGCCAACGCCAAGGCGGCGGCGGCCGGCUCGGCCGGCCUGCCCGUCGGCGUGCAGGUGGUGGCGUUGCCGUGGCAGGACGAGCGCUGCCUCGAGGCGAUGGCUGCCCUCGAGGCGGCCCUCCCCGCCGACGCGAGGCGGCGCGCGACCACGCCGCCGGGGCUGUUUGAUUGAAGCCGCGCCGCGCAGAGAGGCAGCCUCGAGUUGCCCUCUCAUUUUUUAAUUUUCCCAUCUACAGUAAGA